GAACGUCGCCAUUUUCCCUCUGUUCGUACGUACUGACUGACGGACAGACUCUCGCCGAGCAGCUGGAGCAUCCCGCACCCUUCCUCCUGUUUAUCCGUCUGGCUCUCGCUCCUCCCUCCUCCUGUCUCCCACUCUCGUUUCCAAUUGACGCACCGCUGCGUUCAGCGCUCCAGCCAAACCCUGCGCCGCUGCUGAAGCAGAAGCUGAAUCUCUCUCUCUCUCUAUCUCACUCACUCCUGCCCCCGGCGGAUUCUCCAUGUAUGGAUGCGCCAGAGAAAGGGAUGCUGUAGGCUGACCAAAGACUGAAAAAAGACAAAAAGUACACUCUGUUGAGGAGAUUCACGAAGGAGGGACCGUUGGAUCUUGGCGCUGUUUUGAAUGGGCAGAGGAUUCACCCUCCGCGGUCGUCGAGUCUGAAUUGCUGAGGUUCCAGGUGUGUGUCUGUGCAGAUCACACAGAUCUUCAGCUCUUCUGCUCACUCACGCACCCACCGGCGACAUGGCUGGGGCUUCGGUGAAGGUGGCGGUGAGGGUCCGUCCCUUCAACUCCAGAGAGAUUGGGAAGGAAAGCAAGUGCAUCAUUCAGAUGUCAGGAAACACCACAACAAUCCUGAACCCUAAACAGCCAAAAGAAAACAAGAGUUUUAACUUUGAUUAUUCUUACUGGUCACACACCACGCCUGAGGACAUCAACUAUGCAUCCCAGAUGCAGGUGUACAAGGACAUCGGAGAGGAGAUGCUGCUUCAUGCCUUUGAAGGCUACAACGUGUGCAUAUUUGCAUAUGGUCAGACGGGAGCGGGCAAAAGCUACACCAUGAUGGGACGACAGGAGAAGGAUCAGCAAGGAAUUAUUCCUCUGUUGUGUGAGGACCUUUUCACCAAGAUCAACGAGGGCAAUAAUGACAACAGCAUGUCUUACUCUGUGGAGGUGAGUUACAUGGAGAUCUACUGUGAGCGUGUGCGUGACCUGCUGAAUCCCAAGAACAAAGGAAACCUGCGAGUCAGAGAGCACCCUCUGAUGGGACCCUAUGUUGAGGAUCUGUCAAAGCUAGCCGUCACUUCAUACAACGACAUCCAAGACCUGAUGGACUCUGGAAACAAGGCCAGGACUGUGGCUGCGACCAACAUGAACGAGACCAGCAGCCGCUCCCACGCUGUCUUCAACAUCAUCUUCACGCAGAAGAAACACGACAUGGAGACAGAUAACACAUCAGAAAAGGUCAGCAAGAUCAGUCUGGUGGACUUGGCUGGGAGUGAGAGAGCCGACUCAACCGGAGCUAAAGGGACCAGACUGAAGGAAGGAGCAAACAUCAAUAAAUCUCUAACUACAUUGGGCAAAGUUAUUUCAGCUCUUGCCGAAGUGGACUCAGCACCAAACAAGAACAAGAAAAAGAAGAAGGUGGAGAGUUUCAUCCCCUACAGAGAUUCAGUUCUGACUUGGCUGCUGAGGGAGAACUUGGGAGGAAACUCUCGCACAGCUAUGGUGGCUGCCCUCAGCCCUGCUGACAUUAACUAUGAUGAGACCCUGAGCACCCUCCGGUACGCUGAUCGUGCCAAACAGAUCCGAUGCAACGCUGUGAUCAAUGAGGACCCCAACAACCGUUUGGUGCGUGAGCUGAAAGAGGAGGUGGCUCGUCUCAAAGACCUGCUGUACGCACAGGGCCUGGGAGACAUCAUAGAGAACCUGUGCGAUUACAAGAACUUUGUAAAUAAUCGCCAGGCUGUCAAUCAAAGGGGUGAUCUCUCCACAGUGUCCAAUGCCAUGACAGGAAUGAGUCCCUCCCCCUCGCUCUCGGCCCUGUCCAGUCGUGCUGGCUCCAUCAGCAACCUCCAUGACCGCAUUUUCAGCCCAGCCAGUGAGGAGGCCAUUGAGAGGCUCAAGGAAACCGAGAAAAUCAUUGCAGAGCUCAAUGAGACAUGGGAGGAGAAGCUGCGACGUACUGAGGCCAUCCGAAUGGAUAGAGAGGCCCUGCUGGCUGAGAUGGGCGUUGCUAUGAGAGAAGAUGGAGGCACUGUGGGCGUCUUCUCCCCAAAAAAGACCCCUCAUUUGGUCAACUUGAAUGAAGACCCGCUGAUGUCAGAGUGUUUGCUGUACUACAUCAAAGACGGCAUCACCAAGGUUGGCCGUGAAAACGCCAAGACUCGUCAAGACAUUGUUCUCAGCGGCCAUUUUAUCAAAGAUGAACACUGCACGUUCAGCAGCACCACUGGCCCUCAGGGAGAAGGGUGCGUCUUCCUGGAGCCAUGUGAAGGGGCAGAAACAUAUGUCAAUGGAAAGAGAGUGACCUCUCCCGUUGCUCUACGGUCUGGGAACCGCAUCAUCAUGGGAAAGAGCCACGUUUUUCGCUUCAACGACCCCGAGCAAGCGCGUCUGGAGCGAGAGAGGACGCCAUGCGCUGAAACGCCAAUAGAGCCCGUUGACUGGGCUUUUGCUCAGAGGGAGCUGCUGGAGAAACAAGGCAUCGACAUGAAGCAGGAAAUGGAACAGAGGCUUCAGGAGCUCGAAGAUCAGUACCGCAAAGAAAGAGAAGAAGCCAGUAAUCUGCUGGAACAACAGAGGCUGGACUAUGAGAGUAAACUGGAAGCUCUUCAGAAACAAGUGGACUCUCGGUACCUUGAGUCUCCCGAAGAAGAAGAGGAGCCUGAAGAAGAAGUGCCAUGGACAAUGCGUGAGACCGAGUUGGCUCUGUGGGCGUUCAGAAAGUGGCGCUUCUACCAGUUCACCUCUCUCAGGGAUCUGCUUUGGGGCAACGCCAUCUUCCUCAAAGAGGCCAAUGCUAUCAGUGUGGAGCUGAAGAAAAAGGUGCAGUUCCAGUUCGUCUUGUUGACAGACACUCUCUACUCUCCCCUGCCCCCCGACCUGCUGCCCCCCAGUGUGGCCAAAGAGAGAGAGAGACGACCUUUCCCCCAGACCAUCGUAGCUGUUGAAGUGCAAGAUCAAAAGAAUGGAGCCACACAUUACUGGACUCUGGAGAAACUUAGGCAGAGGCUGGACCUGAUGAGAGAAAUGUAUGAUCGUGCUGCAGAGCUCCCCAGCAGUGCUGUGGAAGACUGUGACCACACUCUGACCGGAGGUGACCCCUUCUACGACCGCUUUCCCUGGUUCCGACUGGUCGGCAGAGCUUUUGUGUACCUGAGUAACCUGCUGUACCCGGUGCCCCUGGUACAUCGCGUUGCCAUCGUCAGUGAGAAAGGAGAGGUGAAAGGUUUCCUCAGAGUGGCUGUGCAGGCCAUCUCAGCUGAUGAAGAGGCCCCUGAUUAUGGCUCUGGUGUGAGGCAGUCAGGCACUGCCAAGAUCUCCUUUGAAGACAAACAGUUUGAAAAGUUCCAGACUGAGUCGUGUCCUAGUGGUCUUUCUCACUCCAACACCUCCCAGGAGGAGCUGCGAAUUGUGGAGGGAGAAGGGCAGAAUGCCGACAUUGGAGUCUCUGCUGAUGAAGUCAACAAUAACACCUGUCCAGCUUCUCUUGAGGCUCCGCAAAGCCCAGCGAAGACUUCAAGUCUGGGUCUGGACCUUCCUCUGGACCUCUCCACGGAGAAGGCUCUGUCUCACCUGAAGAUCGGCAGCACCUUCACUUUCAGAGUCACCGUCCUGCAGGCCUCCAGCAUCUCAGCCGAGUACGCCGACAUCUUCUGCCAGUUCAACUUCAUCCACCGUCAUGAUGAAGCUUUCUCAACAGAGCCACUGAAGAACACUGGAAGAGGGCCUCCGCUGGGCUUCUACCAUGUUCAAAAUAUCAAAGUAGAGGUGACAAAAUCCUUCGUGGAGUACAUCAAGACUCAGCCCAUUGUCUUUGAGGUGUUUGGUCACUAUCAGAAACAACCAUUCCCUCCACUCUGCAAGGACCUGAUCAGUCCACUGAGACCUUCCAGGAGGCAAUUCCCCAGGGUGAUGCCCUUGUCCAAGCCAGUGCCAGCCACAAAGCUCAGCACUCUGACUCGCUCCACUGCGGGACCUUGUCACGCCAAAUACGACCUCAUGGUCUUCUUUGAGAUCUGUGAGCUGGAAGCUAAUGGAGACUACAUCCCAGCUGUUGUUGACCACAGAGGUGGGAUGCCCUGCCACGGCAUGUUCCUCCUACAUCAGGGCAUCCAGAGGAGGAUCACAGUCACCAUUGCUCAUGAAACAGGAAAUGAUAUUGAGUGGAAAGAGGUGAAGGAACUGGUUAUUGGUCGUAUUCGAAACACGCCAGAGGCCGACGAAACCAUCAUAGACCCAAACAUCCUGUCCCUGAACAUCCUCUCUUCUGGUUAUUUCUGGCCAAAACACAAUGACAAUGUCUCCUUGGGAGUUGAUCAUAGAACCUUCUACCGAUUUGAAGCAGCGUGGGACAGCUCCAUGCACAACUCUCUGCUUCUGAACAGAGUCACUCCUUACGGGGAGAAGAUCUACAUCACUCUCUCUGCUUAUCUAGAGAUGGAGAACUGCACCCAGCCCACAGUGAUCACCAAAGAUUUCUGCAUGGUGUUUUAUUCCCGUGAUACGAAGCUGCCGGCCUGUCGCUCCAUCAGAAACCUCUUCAGCACCGGCUGCCUCCGGCCAUCUGAGAGUAACCGUGUCACUGGAGUCUAUGAAGUCACCCUCUGCCAUGUAGCUGACAACGGAAGUCCAGGCAUGCAGCGCCGCCGCAGGCGCGUGCUGGACACCUCGGUGGCGUACGUUCGAGGGGAGGAGAACCUGGCUGGAUGGAGGCCUCGCAGCGACAGCCUCAUCCUUGACCACCAGUGGGAGCUGGAGAAGCUCAGUUUACUGCAGGAGGUAGAGAAGACCAGGCACUACCUGCUGCUCAGGGAGAAGCUGGAGGCGACUCUGCAGGCGGGACAGGACGCUCUCUACAAGAGCAGCGACAUCAGCGAUUUUGCAAAGAGUCCCGUCCUCAGCCAGAGUCCCAGCAGCAGCCCUGCCCCAGACAACCCCAACCAGAGGCAGAGGGAGCUGGCUGCUAAGUGUCUGCGUCUGCUGAUGCACACAUUCAACAGGGAGUACAGCCAGGUGAGCAGCAGUGCCAGUGAGAGCAAGCUUUCUGAGAUGUCUGCGUCGUUAAUGAGAGAUUCCUCCUCGUCCACACUGAGCACGCUCACUCCGUCCUCUACCUGCCCCUCUCUGGUAGAGGGACAUUAUGACAUAAGACACACUGAACCCAGUUCAGGAGCUUCCACACCAGAUCUGGACCCUUACAGCCCAGUGGACAGAAAGAGAGCGCUCAAAGGAUGCACCUUUGUUCCUGACAUACAGGAGAUUCGUGUCAGUCCCAUUGUGUCAAAGAAAGGUUAUCUGCACUUCCUGGAGCCACACACCAGCGGCUGGGUGAAGCGCUACGUGGUGGUGCGCAGGCCCUACGUCUACCUGUACCGCAGCGAGAGGGACAGCGUGGAGAGAGCUGUCAUCAACCUGUCAUCUGCAAAGGUGGAAUACAGUGAAGACAAACAGACCUUACUGCGGACUCCCAACACAUUUGCUGUGUGCACAGAGCAUCGUGGGAUACUGCUGCAGGCCACCAAUGACAAAGAGAUGCACGACUGGCUGUAUGCUUUUAACCCUCUGUUAGCUGGCACCAUCAGGUCAAAGCUCUCCCGAAGAAAGUCAGUCCAGUCGGUUCCAUCUGCUCAGAGGAUGUGAGGGACAAACCGGCAAACACUAAAAUACAAUCUAAAGGUUCCACUCAUCACCCUGUUCCAAUGAACAUAGACCAUGUAAACAAACUUACACAUACAACCAUUUAAAUAACCUUCUAGAUAAUGUCUGCCCCAGUCUCAAGCAUAACUCCCGAUCAUCACUCAUCCCGACAACACAACAAAACCCAAAAUCCUCUCUGUUUUUGCACUCGCCACGUCAGACCCUGCAUGGUGUGAUCCUCCUGCCCUUUAGAAGAAACAUACAAGAAAUUAACCACCCAGACCUCUUAAUUACCUUACCUGUGCUGGGCAUCGGGUCUAGUUUUAAUUAGCUUUCAUGCAGAAAUCUGUCAUCUGUGAUGCCACCAGUUCCCUGUAGGAAGUCAGUAUGUGGUCAGUCCCUCCCUCAUUCAUAAUAACAAAAAAAUCCCAGAUUUAAAUCAGCCUUUCGCGUAUUUCUAAAUAAAGCCAUCAGGUGAGGAUGGAAAUUAAAACAUCAAAUGGGAUGUUUCUCCACAUGCAUCGUCAUAUACUGUGCAUUACCUCAGUUUGGAUUGGCUUGGUGCUCUAAAGCAUAGAGUAUUUGUUCCACUGCAGAGGUUUCAGAUCAGUCAUUUUAACACUGAAGUAGCAUGAAAAAGGCUAAGUUGUUCAUGUGUCAUUUCUUUUUCAUUAAAACUGAGUUUGUUGGCUAGAAAAAGGCAAAAUAAUCCAUUAUCAGGAGAGAUAACUCAUGUCCUUGCCUUUUUCACUGUAUAUUCUUUUUGUCUAGUUUAUUUUUAUUUACAUGUAUUUAUUUUUUUUACAUGAUCCCUUGUGAGCCAAACCCUCAAGAAUAAUGUUAUUUAUUGUUGCUAUUAUAGGUUCUCUGCACUGUUAUUUAUAGUGAGAGAAUCACUAAACCACUUUCGUUGCAUGGCACUUUAAUGUCUUUGUUGGGUUAAUGUAUUGUAUAAUUUAUUCUGUUGUUAUAACCAAAGCAUUAUUUUACUGUUUUAAUUGUUUAAGAAAAUUGUGCAGUUGCAUUAGCUGGUGUUUAUGUUAUGUUAAAGCAAUAGUCUAACAUUUUGGGAAAUCCACGUAUUUGUGUUCUUGCUAGAGAGUUAGAUGAGAAGAGUGAUAUCACUCUGUAAAUAUGAAGGUAGAGCAUGGAGUUAGCUUAGCCUAGCAUGAAGACUGGAAAUGGGAUAAACAGCUUGCCAGGCUCUCUCCAAAAGUAGCUCAAUCUGCCUAGCAGCACCUCUAAAGCUCAUGCGCUCAUAUGUUGGUUGUUAUAUAAUGUGAUUAUAAUGUGUUAGUGAAUCUGAUUUUUUUUUCUUAAAACAGAGUCAGGAUAGCUAUCCCCAUUUCCAGUCUUUCUACACAAAGCUCAUCGUCACUUCAGUACAAACCCAAGGGUGCCAUCCUUGUAAGGACUCAUUGGUUUAUGUUUAACCUCCACAUACAGUACAUCUUAAAUAGCAAGAACAUGAUAAGCCCAUUUCCUACAAUGUUAACCUAUUCCUUUAACUUAAUCAGUUCUAGCUAAAUUGACCUAAGAUGUUUUACAUGAUAAAUUCUAAAGGAAGAUAACUGUACUGUAGAUGGGUAGGCAAAUUUUAGUUUAAUCAAAUCAAAAGUUGCUCUGUCUGUUAUGGGUCAGAAGAGUUUCUCUAUUACUGUUUAAGUUUACUAAGUCUUGUCUAGUAGCUAGAUGGAAUAAUUGUAAUUGACAUGGACCUGUAAUCUGUUCAAGGCAGUUAUUUUGAGUGGGCAAGAACGUUGUCCAUGCACCAAAUAGUGCCUCCCUUUCUUCACCUCUUCGUCUUCUCUCCCACCUUCGUCAUUGAGAUCAACACUAAAGUUAGUUACAGGUGUCCAAGAUGAAGCUUUUAUGUAGAGUGAAAGUAGAUACUAUGGAUCUUUUUUUAUAUUGACGAUCUAUGUUAAUAUUAUCAGUGAUGCUAUUAAACUAAGUCGGUAUAGCCCUAACAGUACAGUACAGCGUAAAUCUCAUUAUCACUCAGUGUAAAUGUUGCAUUUAAAAGAUUUGCCCCCUCUUAGCUUUUGAGCUGUAGCUGCUAGAUAUUUGACAGCCUGAUGCUUGUGUCAGAAACCAGUGCAGUAUGAUUAGCUUGGUGUUUUUUUGACUUUUAUGUCCAGGGAUGGUUUCUUGUUGCUUUUACCUGUCAUUUGUUAUUUUGCACGAUGCCAAGAUGACCCCAAGUGUUGUGGUUUGAAAUAAAUAUUGCAAAUGGAAAGAACGAUAUAACUAAAAAAAUACCAUGCAUUUGCUGGAAAGAAAGUUUAAAAUAGACAUUAUUUCGCAAUUUUACUGUUUUAUUUGCACUUAAAGGGAUAUCAUCCAUUUUCAUUGUAGGGAAGAACACCUCCUUUUUUAAAUCUCUGUCAAAGACGUGGUCAGCCAGCCAUUUCGUCUUUCACAUUUUCCUCUUGUUUGUUGCUUGGUAAUAAUUAGCUUCAGAUAACAUAAAGUAUUCAGGACUCUGCAUGCCACAGGCCAAUCAACCUGUUGAGAUCUGCAGCCUAAUACUUAGCUAAAAAUCUAUACAAAAUCUGACAAAUACAAAGAUUGUAUUUCACAUUUCACUUUAGAGUUGCUGUUGCUUGUGACUUCUGUGAUUUUAAAAGAGAUAUUCCUGUCUUUAAGCAAAGAACCUUGUGGGAUUAUGGCAUUUAUUUCUGAAUGUUUUGGGUCAUCUUGGUAUAAUCAACUUUGUUUGUUUUGUGAAACACAAAUAGAUAUUGUACUCUGUAUGUUGUCUGCUGGAACAGAAAGACAAACGGAAAGUUUUAUUUAUAAAGGAUGGAUUAUGUUGUUAAAAUAUAUUGCACUCAUGCACAAAGCAUCUUUAUUUACUAUUAAUUUAUAUGUUGAAGUUUUAAGAUUGUAUGGAAAAGACUGGUUUGUGUUUGAAAAAUAUUAUCCCUGAUGGGAGCAGAAGAUUAGAUUCUGAAACUGUGCCAUUUUUGUUUGUGCAAUCAAACAAACCAACAACAGUGCACCAAAUUGCAUUGAUUUUAUUUUAUUUUUUUUAAGUUUAAAACUGGCAGAUGACUUAAAGGCUUCCAGCCCUAAUCGUCUAGGGUAUCAUGUAAAAUUGAAUUUUAAAGAAAAUCAUUGUGAGACAGUUUUAGUGCACUGGACAAUAAUUUUUUUGAAAGUUAAAUGAGUUGAUUAUUUUAUAUUUGGCCGCUUUUUAACUGUCAUAGCUCUGGAUCGAAGCAUGCAGGUCCACUUAUCUUCUGCUGUACUUUGUCCCUCUCUCCUGCCUUACUGCUUGCUAAUGACAACAGCACCCCCUCAACUCCCCCCCCCCUUCCUUGAAGUGCUGCUUGUAAAGUAUUGUCAUUCAUGAUCCUUGUAAUGACUAACUGGAAACCCUCCUCUUGGCUGUCUUGUAUAUAAAUGGAGAUUUUCUGUGUUGCGUCUCAUCACACAGAUAUUAACUCUCUUCCUCUCUAUACCAUGACGAAUAAGAACAACUGGCCUGCUGCUUUGUCAAGUGUCACCCCAGUGAAGAGUGCUGUCCUGCUCUCUUGCUCUGAGCUGCUUGACAGAAACAGAGACAGGUCCAAGCCUGUUAUGAAGUCUUAAUCUCAGUGCUCACAUUUAUCUUUUGAGUGUUCUGGAGUUCUUUCUCAUGUCUGUGGACACGUAACAAAAGUUGUCAAGAAAAAAAUAAGGCGAUUAAAUAAAUGAGUGUUGAAACUUA